AUGGAAGAGUUAUUGUCAAUUAAAAAUUACUUUAAAUCUAUUAAUAUUUCAUUGACAGAUGAUUUUUUAUUGGCAGUCAAAAAAUUUUACACUGAAAUUAAGGGAGCCGUAAGGUUAAUCCCUUUCAAAGACUUUGUUUUCUAUCAAUGGUUACAUUGUGAUAUAGGAGACACUACUACUCAAAAAUGCUUACCACUUAUUACCUCAACAAAUGGUACUGUAUUGAUAAAUCAAGUAUUUCAAAUUAAUUGGGCCGUAAGAAUAGAUAUUCCAUUAUAUUCUAUAUAUACUGAAUUAUCAGAAACAAAAGCUGAUUUAGCAUGGUUUGAUAAUCGUCAUGAUACUGAUGACAAUUUUAACCCUAACUCCAAGUGUAGUCUUGAUGAAUUUGAAAAAAAUCGAGUUUUACUAAUGGAAUUAAGUGAUGGUAGUAAUAUUAUUCAAGCAAUAGAAAAAGAGCCUAUUUUAAAUUUAAAAACAAUUUUAAAUCCAGGAACAAAAGUUGCUAUAUGUGGAUAUGUUUCUUUUUCCAACAAAAUUUUAUAUAUUAAUAAUAAAUUGGCAAAAAUUCUUGGUGGAAAUGUAGAAGAACAAUAUAAUAGAAAUAAUACAAUGAGUGUAAUUGAACGAAAGUUACAUUUACCACAUAGUCUUAAAGUUAGAAUUAAGCAAAUUCAAAACUGUAAGAAGAAACGUAUUAGUUUACCCGAGUCAUCAGAGGGUUCAAAAAAGAUUAUGGAAGAGUGGCUUAAUAAAUCUAAAAAGCAAAAUCUUAGUGUUUCAAAUGAUUCUGAUUUAUUCCCUUAUCAAGUAGAUUGCCAUAAGGAUGACUUAGAUAGUACAAUAAGUUCAAUUAGUACAGAAAUCUCAUAUGGAUCCGAUAUUGUAAGCAGAGAUCAUGCUUCAACACUGAGUAUAAAAAAAAAGAAUAAAAUUGAUGACUUGUUUCAAUCACCAUCAAACAAAGUUAAAAAGAAUAAAAACAAUGCAUCUGAUAGAAAUUUCUUUGCUUCACCAAAAUUAAAGAAAAUUACUGAAUUUUGCACACCUAUGAAAAAAAAAUUUACAUCGCUUUUUGUGAAGAAGGAAAAAGAAAAGUUUCCUACGUCAAGCGAAAAUAAUAUUUCUAUUUUACGAAGUAACAAAGUAAAUCGUAUAAAUAGUAACGAUGAUAUACGCAAUACUAUCAAUGAUCAAGAUAAAAGUCAUUUGAAGUUUCAAAAGCAGCGUGCUUUCACUUAUUGUAAUAAAGAGAAUAAUAGCUUAGGGUAUACCCCACUUCGUAGAAGUGAUAAAAAAGAAAAAGGAAUAUUAUCCUCAAAAAACCUUUCUCAAGAGGGUAAUAUGGACAACAAAAUAUUUAAUAAAUUGUUCAAUAGUCCAAAGUUUUCUAUCCCAAGAUUCUCUCAAAAUUUUAGUUAUCCAGAUGGGAAAAAUUGUUUGAAGAAUAAAGAAGUAAUUAAGGAAAAGAAAUCAAAAUUAGAUUUUCACUAUGAGUUAGACCCCCAAUCUGUUAGUGGAAAAUCAUCAAAUUCAUCUACUAUUUCACGUUUAUUUUCUACCAAUCAGUUUUCACCACCUUCUUCAAUAAUACCUUCUUUGGGUAAAGUCUUUUCAAAGAUUGAAAAAGAUACACUAUCAAAUACACAGUAUUUAAAACCACAUAUUUAUCAAACACAAGAUAGAUAUUUUGGUAUUAAAGAUGAUAAAGUGUCAAAUAGUAUUAAUUUAAAACUGGAUUCUCGUAAUAUAAAACCAAAAAUUGUUUACAGGAGACAAAGUUUAAAUACUUCUGGAAAUAGAAAUUUAGAUAGUUCCUAUAAUAAAUACAAUUGUGGAGAAUCUAGUCAUAUUUAUGAAGAUAGAAGCAACAGUUGUCUUGAUAUUAAUAUAAUGAACACAUCUAAUGACUCUUUAGAUUUUGAUAUGCAAUCGUUUACAAUGUCUAAUGAUAGAAGUACAAUAUCAUUAACACAAACACCAUUACAUGCCAGAAAGCGUGUCUAUUUAAAUACAAGCAAUAAUUCAGAUGCUUUAUUUUCACCACCAAAUAAAUUUUCAAAACAUAGUAUGACUCAACAAGAAAAACCACAGCAACCUAUUAGAAAUUACUACACAAUAAAUGAAGCAUUGAAUUUAGUUUCCAUGUCAUUUGGUUUUGAAAAAUUAAAUGUUUUAGCAAAAGUUACAAAAGUUGUUAAAGGUUUAUCCAUUCAAAACAAUCAAUGGACAAUGGAAAUAGAAAUAACAGAUGAAAAUAAUGAUGUUUUAGGUUGCCUUAUUCAUGAUAGCUUUAUAUCGUACUGUCUUGGAGAAACAGCACUAGAAAUUUCAAGGGGCUCUAGUAAUAAAUGUACUAAUGAUAAAAUUGAAGAGAAAGCUAUUUUCUUUCUCAAAAAGCUUCAAAAAGGGAAUCUCAUUUUUUCUAUUGAUUUGUUUGCAACACAAAGUAUUAUGCCACUCAUAAGAAAGAUAAGAACUAUAGAGCGAUUUGAACAAGAAAGUUCUCAAAUGUUUUCUCAAUACACAUUUAGCCACAUCUAG